ACUUUAAAAAUCAAAAAAUAAAUUUGUUUGUUUAUUUUGUAUUAAAACAGAUAUUUUAAAAGGAAAUUACGAUGAAUGAUUCAAUGAAUUAUUUUAACGAUUUUUUUAUUGAUUGUUCUAGGUAAAUAUGAAAGUAUUAAAAGAGUCAUUAUGAAUCAAAAUGAAUUAUUCAAUAAACUGCUUCAUUUGUUCGCCGGUGGACUUGGUGCAACCGCUGGUCAGUUUCUUACUUGUCCACUUGAUGUCGUACAAACCAGAUUGCUUUCUACAAAACUAAAUUUUUCUAACCCCACAAAUUUAACUGCGAUAAUUGGUAAUUCUUCGGUUUCUUUGAUAGCCCGUCCGAUUUUUGGAUUUGGAUAUUUUCAAAUUUUGUUUUCAUAUAUGAAGCAUAUGGUACAUACUGAAGGGGUACGCUCUUUGUUCAAAGGAUUAUCGCCUAGUUUGUUAGGUAUAGUGCCUGCAAAGUCUAUUUAUUUUUUCUGCUAUGCAAAUGCCAAGAGUUAUUUAUAUCAAAGUAAAUCUUAUACAAACCAGCAUACUGUUAAUACCAUUUCAGCUGUACUGGCUGGUUCGGUUACAGGAACAUUUACUAAUCCUAUUUGGUAUAUAAAGACAAUGCUUCAGCUUGAUAAAAGCAAAAAUCCGUCAAUUUAUCAAGUCGUAUAUAGAGGUUAUCAAAACCAUGGAAUAAAAUGUUUUUUUAGAGGACUAAGCGCGUCAUAUGUUGGCGUUUUAGAAACUGUUAUAUAUUUUCUCGUUUACGAAGAUUUAAAACAAUUAGUUAGUGCUAAUAAUGCGGAUCAGUUUCGCGCGCUAAAUGUAAUGAUAGCUGCAGUCCUAUCUAAAAGUACAGCUACUACAAUAAUGUAUCCACAUGAAGUUGUUCGCGUACGGUUGCGUGAAGAUGUUUAUGAUCUAAAUGGGCGAUUAAAAUAUCGAAAUUUUUUUCAAACUCUAUUCCGUGUUGCUAAGGAAGAAGGUCGUCCAGGAUUAUACGGAGGAUUUGGCACCAGUCUGCUGAGGCAGUUGCCAAACACUGCUGUGACGUUUUUGACUUAUGAAGCAAUAGUUUAUAUUUUCGGAAAAUAGAGUUCUUUAGAUUUUUGAGCGUUAAACAGAAAUUAUUUUUAGUCGUUGGUAAUUAAAUUUUUUUUUCAAAAUUUUUAACUAACAACGGUUUUUGUUACUAUACGCAAACUUUUUUUUAUUAUCGACAACAAUGCUUUUUUAUUACGAAUAGCAUUAGCACACACAUAUUCUUACCAAACAAUUUUAGUGAUGAGCUACAACAUAAAACAGUAUUAUGUUACCAACGGCACAAAAAAUCUAAUCAACAAUUCGGCAUAUAAAUCAUUGUAACUAAAAACAUCUAUAUUCUUACCAACAGUAAAAGUGAUACUAACAAUAUCGACAAAUUUUUAUAUAUUAAUAUAAACAGAUUUUAUUGUUUGGGUAUUUUUAAUUUUUAGGGACUCUAAAUUUUUAGAUCGUUUUUAAUUAUUUAAAAAAAUUUGUAUAUGUGUAUAUAAUUGUUUGAUUAAUUAUUCUUUAUAUUUCAAGUGUUAAGUUAUUAGUUACUAAAACGUUUUUCAUA